GUCACUCGUCCGUGCGGCAACAAUCGAUAAUCAUGAAAGCCAAUUUAGCUCUAGUGAUUGUAACCUUUGCUAGCUUGUCGCUCGCCGAAGAAGUUUUAAGGGUGUCCGCUCGAGAUUCAUAUUUAGAUGCGUACAAAGAAUCUCACAGUGAAUUAGUUAAAAAUAAAGAUGCGGAUAAGAAAAACGACAGGACCUACAACGUAGAUCCGCAGUAUCCUGUGUAUUCGGGACCGUCCGGUCCAUCGGGAGGUGAACAAUUUGGUCCAAAUCAAUACGGUCCUCCUAGCCCUCCGUAUAGACCGCCUGUAUCUCAGUAUGGUCCCCCUGCUGGUCAUUAUGGUCCAACGCCACAGUAUGGCCCACCACCGGAAACUCAAUACGGUCCUCCCGGACCGGUAUAUGGAGGUCCUCAAUCCGUUCAAGUGUUUUAUGGCAUGCCUCACGCCAUGCUAAGCUUAUGGGACAAACUUAAGUGGAAACUUGAUCUGUUCACUAUUGGAAAAAUUUUACUAAAGCUGGUAAUUUUCAAAAAAAUCGUCAGUUUGAUAGCCAUUUUGUGUCUGCUGUUAUUUAUUCCCGCAUUAAAAAAAAAGGGUAGCUCAGUUCUGGGAGAUGACGGCGAAGGAGAUGAAAGAAGCAUUUUAAAAUCGACGGUAACAGUGGAGGACAAAUUAAAUAACAUAGCAAACUUCGUUGAUGAAGCAAUUCAAAAGUAUUCUGAGAAGGAGGAGCAUAUGCCCGGAUAUUGUUCGAGUUCUUAUUGUCAAGCGGAGAAAAUUCUCAAGAGACUAGAUAAGAAAAUGUAUAAAAAGUUGAUGAAGUUGUAUUCCAAGGAAAUGGUUCACUCGUCCGACUAA